GUGAUCGACAGCUCAUCUAUGGCGUCCUGCAGAAGUGGUUCGGGUCCUCUGCGCAUUCGCAGGAGGACUGCUUGGACACCUUCAACCGGCUUGUACGGACCGAGCUCGCACCCCCUGUGCUGCGCAAGUUGGAGGAUGAAACCUUGAUGGCCCAGUACUUGACCACUGCGGGCUUUGCCUCGUUUUUCCCGUGGAUCCCGAUGCUACUGCCUGCCUGGUUGACAGAGCUGCGAAGUGCAUGUGAAGGACAUGCCGGGUAUGGCAAGCUCCUCCGCAGCCGCGGCAUGGAGGUGAACAUCGUCUUGGUCUUGCUUUGCUGCGUGCAUUGGCGCGUGAAG